GGUUUUGGGAAAAUCAUGUCCUCAUCCAUUACAUCACCCGUCGAUUGACUAUUAUUGAGCUACGAAGUAUAUAAAUAAAAACCCAGUUUUCAUUUAAUAGAAAGUCAAAACUAAAAACCCAGUAAUCUCGUCAUCUUCCAAAACAUCAAAUCAAGUAAAUUGUGAAUUUUCUGGAUCAAAUAAGUGAGAAAAUGGGCGCAGCAGGAGAAGGGUUUCUUGCAAAAGAAUAUGGUUAUGUUGUUUUAGUGCUGGUUUUCUAUUGCUUCUUCAAUUUUUGGAUGGCUUUUCAAGUCGGCAAAGCCCGCAAAAAGUACAAGGUCUUUUAUCCAACUCUAUAUGCACUAGAAUCUGAGAACAAGGAUGCCAAGCUAUUCAAUUGCGUUCAGAGAGGACACCAGAAUUCAUUGGAAAUGAUGCCAAUGUUGUUCAUUUUAAUGAUAUUGGGAGGAAUGAGGCAUCCCUGUAUUAGUGCUGGGCUUGGUAUGGGUUACAUUGUUACACGCUAUUUCUACUUCACUGGCUACUCAUCUGGUGAUCCUCAGAAACGUCUUUCCAUUGGGAAAUUUGGUUUCUUUGCCUUGAUGGGUCUGAUGAUUUGCACAAUUUCUUUCGGAGUCCAUCUUCUUAUUGCAUGAGAAGUUUGGUUUUCCUGCUAUCUUCACACUUACUCAGUUACGCUUAUGGUUUUGCUUUUGCUUUUGCUUUUGCUUUGUAACUUGAUUGUUGAUGUACAACUUUGUAACUGAAAUUUAGAUUGAAGCAGCUAGUUUCCUGUGUUGUGGACAUGUUUAUUCUAAAAGGCAACAGUUGCCAAUAAUUAUGAAACAAACUCAAAAUCUCUUCAACAGUUGA